AAAAAAAUAUAUAUUUAUAUUUAAAAACUGUGAAUCCAUUGAUAAAAACCCGCAAGUUUUUGGUGAUUGGUCAACAUUCAGUCAACACACCACGAGACUGCAUGCGCCUCACGGCCACGGUCACUAGUCAGUAGUCACUCCCAAAUCCCACCAAGCACGAAAGGACGAGUCAGAGACUCAGUGAGUCAGGAGAAACGAUUCUUCAUUCUCUCGGUAGAGCCAGUCAGUGGGACAAAAUGUUUCUCAAAGUCAAAUUGCCAUGGAAUGUUGUAAUCCCUGCAGAAAAACUGGAUGCAAAUGGACUGAUGCUUCACAAAUCUAUAGUUCUCCGUUUAUUGGAUGACUUUGCCUGCAAAAAGGCUACCAAAGAUCUUGGAUACUAUCUUGCAGUCACAACUUUGGUGAGCAUAGGUGAAGGAAAAAUUAGAUCGAACACAGGGGAGGUGCUGUUUCCUGUUGUUUUCAGUGGAAUCACCUUCAAAAUUUACAGGGGAGAGAUCUUGGAGGGGAUUGUGCACAAGGUGCUGAAGCAUGGUGUUUUUUUGAAGUGUGGGCCAAUCGAAAGUAUAUAUCUCUCCAGUGCAAAAAUGCCUGACUAUAAGUAUGUGCAAGGGGAGAAUCCAGUCUUCUUGAAUGACAAGCACUCAAAGAUUGAGAAAAAUGUUUCUGUUCGAUUCAUCGUCAUCGGAACAAAGUGGCUCGAGGCAGAAAGAGAGUUUCAGGCGCUGGUCAGCUUGGAGGGCGAUUAUUUAGGACCGGUUUCUUAGUUUAGCUGAUUUGCAUUAACCUUUAAUUUGUUCAUCACUUGAAAACAUAUGCUUAACAGAGUUUGAGAUGGGAUUAGUUAAGAAUUUUGGAAAUGUGUUUUCACUACUUUCACAGUUACCCUGCGUAGUGUUGACUUUCUGAAGCUCUUGUAAUUGUUAGUAUCUAUUAUAUGGAUAUAUUGUUAGCAGCUGGAGUUUGUGAUAUCAAUGAAAGAGAUUUCUGUGAAA